CGCUGAAGCUGGGAUGCCAUGGCAACGGCGGCGUCUUGUAGUCCUAACUUAAUCCGAGGAGCAGCAGGUUAGCAGCAACAGGUUAGCGGCGGGUUAGCAUGUCGCUGUGGUAGCACGAUGCUAACCGAGCACGAUGCUAGUUAGAGGACUCGACUAGUCCUGUAAUGACCGAAGGAGGAGGAUUUAUCGCGGUAUCUGGUCGGAAGGGACGGCGCCAUGACAGUCCGCUUCAAGUGUCAGAGUGAAUAUCAGAAGAGUUACGGGGUUCCUCGCUCCAGGAGUGUGUCUCCCCAGCGUUACGCCGCGCUGUCCGGCCUCCGCGCCCGCCAGACAGGAGUCAGCAGAGAACCCGGUCUGCAGCGACGCAAGAGGUUCGGUUCUGCUGGUCCGGUUCGGUCCAGUUCUCCGCUCCGUCCACCGGACCUGCAGCAGACUCAGACUCCUCAGAGGAAAGCGCCCUCCUCUGAUUCUAGGAGCCGCUCAGUCCACAGGAAGGAAUCCUCUCCGGUCCAGAAACCACCAGAACCUCCAGCAAAACCUGCAUCUCCUCCAGAACCCGCAACUCCGGCUGGACCACGACCUGCUGCAGACCCAGAACCUCCAGAAAGACCAGAACCUGGACCAGCACCAGAACCAGGAGCAGGUGGAAAAAGUGUGAAGCCCCGCCCCCCUCUGCCCGACGGCCAAUCACAGCCCGGCCCAGCACCUGAAGGGCAGAGGCAGCCGACCGCCAACAAGGUGGAUGGACGGACACGAGGUCAGAGGUCAGAGUAUCACAGGCAGUUCAGCUGGAAGAAGCCGCCGGCGCCGGCUGUUAAUUCACCGCUACUGACGGCAGAACAGGUCCUGUACUCCAGCAGCAGGUCUGUCCCCCCCUUUAAGAAAAACCCGGUGUCCAUGGAAACGGAGUAUCGGCGGAGCUUCCAGGGUCUGGCCCCGCCCACUGGGCCCCGCCUUCGGAAACAUCUGGAACAUCAGAGCGUGUUUCACGCACACCCGGCCAGCAGGAGGAGGAGGGCGGAGUCACACAAGAAGCCCCGCCCCAAAAAGGAAGUCCCUCAGAGAGAGGAUGCAAGAUCCCAGUCGUCUCCAAUGGCCACGCCCCCUCCUCCUCAGCCUCAGGUGCAGCGCGGAGGAUCCAGGAUGUUGACAGAGUAUCAGUCCAGCUUUCGUUCUCCCCUCCACAGGAUCCCAGAGGGAGGCGGAGCCACCGACGACAACGCCGCCCAUCAGGCCCGGGAGUUGAGGCAGAGGGCCUGGGGGUACCGCCGCCGGGCCUGGGGAACCAACUUCUCCAGGGACCACCUGAGCCAGCUGCUCUCAGACCACAACGCCCUGUGGGAGCCGUCGGACGCCACCGACUCCACCGCCGACCCCCCCACCCCACGCCUGACCCUUGACCCCUCCCCGGAGCCGGACGCCGCUUCCUGCGUGGAGGAGGCCCUGGACCUGGCCAGUAACUCCAGUAAGAGGUCGUCUGUCGGGACACGUCCAAAAAACAACAAGACUCAAACUAAUCCAGAUCCUGAAGAACGACGAACAGCCUGGGGAGAAGAAGAAGAAGAAGAAGAAGAUACAGAUGAAGAGGAGGGGAGGCUGCCGACUCCCAGACUGAAGACGAGGCCGGUCCAGAGGACUCACCUGGACCUCACCACUCCUGCUGCAGGUGGCGCUAUACUGGUGGGAAAGCUGAGGAGCGCUGACGACGUUUCUCCCAGUAAACAGAGGAGUGGGUCGGGCGUUUCCACGGCAACGCGCGUGGAGGAGGACUCCGCCUCCAGGCCUCCGUCUAAGCCAAUCAGGAGGAAGCAAACGACUCCGUCCCCCGAAGCCCCGCCCCCUCUCGUCACACCUGCACAACACGGCAUCCAAGGGACGAUGAGACACGCAGACUUCCAGCACAACGGUGAGCUGGGUUUGAGGUUCAGGGAGCUGCAGUGUUCGGGCGGAGGCUGCGGCUCUGAUGACGACGACCGUCUCUCGGUGAUGUCGUGGUGUUCGGCCGCCUCCUGCUCCGCGGCGUCCGCCGUCCUGGAGCGCGCUCAGAAGAGACGAGAGAACUUCUGGGGCAAAAGAUGACCCCUGACCCCGCCCUCCGCGGUCACCACGGAAACUAGCACCAGCUGUAGAGCAGUUAGCGACGACGUAUUUUUAUAGAAGCGAGUUAUUAAUUUAAAUAUUUUUGUAGAAGAAUCUUGUUUGACGUCUUUAAUCUGAAUCAUGUUUGAUUAAAGACGAAAACUACGA